CCUCCCUCCUACACCCUCACCCUAGAUACAGGCAGGCGUGCACCCACCGGCAGACUCACUCAGCUUCCGCAUAGCUCUCCCUCCUACACCUCUGUGUCUCUAUCCCUGCCUGCGCUCUCCGCCCGGUGGAUUUUUGCCCCGCUGCUGUGUUGAACACCGCCAAGAUGUCAGACAAGCCUGACCUGACCGAGAUCGCCCGCUUCGACAAGGCAAAGCUGAAGAAGACGGAGACAAAAGAGAAAAACCCUCUCCCCACCAAAGAGACCAUCGAGCAAGAGAGGAAAGGCGACGCCACACCUUGACUUCUCAGCACAAGAAGAAAAAGACGCUGAGAUGCCACAGCAAAAAGCACUUUCUUUUGAUUAUCACAGUAUUUCAAUCUCUUACUUUGUCUUCGGAUAAGGGAGCUGUAAGGGUACAUGGCAUCCUCACAUGGGGGGCUCUUUUACCAUUAUGGGUGGAAAGCCAAACUUUAGCCUGGGUGCCUGUCUCGCACUGUUAGCCUAUAGCAAACAGGUCUACAAUAUUGCCAAACUAGGGAGUGGUGGAGUGAUGUAGCACGGAGGGAUAGACAGGCAUCCAGGCUUUGGAGAAGGGGGAGGGGUGACUACAGUUGUGGGAGCACUCAGUCUAAUCAUGUGGGAUGUUUUUAAUAAACUUUUUACUUUUCUUCAUGAAAUAAAUAUGAAGACAUGGAACCAUG